AUGGUAGUCUUUACAGAUAAGAAUGAAUCCAUGGAAGUUAUAAUUCUGCCUGUAAAUAACUCAAUAAUGAUUGAGAAAGCUUUAUUAAACACAAAUUUAGUUGACUGGAAUAGAAAUGUAACAGUACCAUUCGCUAGUCCCGACGUUGUUGAUUUACUUCUGAGAUUAUCCAAACCAAUGAAACUAAAAGUUAUCUAUGAGAACGGUAAAGCUGUUAAACAUCUUUUAGAGAGAAAUUCUACAAGUUUUAACAUUAGUUUUCCAGACGAUACUUAUAUGGCAUCCUUAACGCCAGAAUACAUUGAGACUGUGGACAAAGCUUGGUCAUAUUAUAGCGAAAAAUCGAACGGAUUCUUCAAGACACUAAUGGAUAACGAUAUGACAUACGUCCUUUAUUCGUCCAACGAUCACAAGCCAUUGGCCUGGGUCACUAUAAACGAAGCCGGAGCACUAACGCACCUCUUUUGUCUAGAGCCGUUUAGAGGACGGGGAUAUGCCGAAAUGGUAACGAAAUUUGCUUGCAACGAUCUUUUAAAAAAAGGUAGAAACGUACUAGCUUACACCAUGGAAGGUAAUUUGGCUUCACAAAAAUUGCUUGACAAAGUUGGAUUUAAGGUUAUUGGGCGCGAUUAUUGGGUGUUCAUUAAAAACUAUUCAUAA